AAUAUGUCAAAAGUUUGAAAACACAACAAAUUGCACAAGAGGAUCCUUCUUCGCUUCAUUACUGCAUGUCAAGCAGAAGAAAAUAUCUUGCUCCUAACAAAGGCAUUUAGGUUUCCUAAUGUGAACAAGUAAGCAUUUUGCAUACUUCUUAGGACAAAGAUCUCACCUAACUAACAAACAUCGUCUAAUUUGUUACUUAGCUGUUAGGGAAGUAGGUGCGCAAAAUUUUAAUUAUCCAAUGAUUCACUGAUAACGGGCAAAUAACAACAGAAACCGCCAUCUUUCGUACUUCGAGUUUUAUGUCAAUUUGAAAUCAGUCGGCAGGACUUCACUGUCCGUUUGUAGCAACCGACUUGCUUAAAAAAAACAAUGGAGACUUGGCAAUCUCCAUGAUCAUUUGUAAAGAGACCAUGGCAACUUUGGCGCAAUAAUAUUAGCGAUAAAGGAAAAACUUACAUGAAAUUUCAAUUAACUUAAAAGGUUUGUAGCCUCACUGGCUCAUCGGCAAUUUUGUUCACCAAUUAAAAAAGAUAUACAUAUAUCCGUGCAUAUUUAUUCUUGACAGCAGUCAGAGUCAUCUGAGCUCAAUUUUUGGGUUUGGUUGCAGGUGUUUAAUAAAACACUGUUAAAGCUUGACUUGUGGUUUAUUGUCGUAAAAGUUUCUCCUGCAAGCAAUGUUGUAAUCACGCUUUGUUCAAGGUUAGUAACUUGCAAUUGGUAUCAGUAGUUUUGUUAGUUUUAUUAUUCUCCUCAAGCUGGCGAAAAAGACGUGGAUUAAGUACCUGGAAGUAUCAUAAAGUGUACAGUGGAAUUAUUUCCUCCUUGUGCCAAUGCUAUAAGAUAACAGUGAAAUAAUUUCAAUUUAGUUGAACAUUCAGUGUUUUUACAAAAAAAAUUAACGUCACAUGAACUCGGUAACAUGCAUUACUUCGUGAACAAUUCUGCGCCUUUUCCGUUGACUGUGCCAUUUUGUUUGACAUUUGACUGUUGAUUCAAACAGCAGAACUUUUCAUUGCGCCUAGCGCUCGAUUAGUAGAUGCAAACUAAGACAAUUUCAACGCACUGUUUAAAAGGCAAAAGGAAGUUGUUUGGAAAAGCUAGAGAUCUUUAUAAUGUUUCGAAUGCAACCGAAAUUCUUAUUUAAGAACAAACCUACAGGUAAAAAGGGCUCCCACUUUUGCGUUUUUUGGGGGGUUAAAUUUUCCGCUUCUUGAUACUAUGCUAAAAAUUUGCUGAAUCUUAUUAUGCAUCGAAAAUCAACAACGGCCUUAUAUUAACCGAACUCAGGACGAAACGUACCUGUCACGUAAAUAUGUAUGUUUUUACAACAGUAUCGACUUCUUUGGUCAAGCAAUAUUCUGAGCUGGGUUUAAGGAGGCCCGAACCUAUAUAUAUAUAUGCGUGUUGAUUGACCUUGGUUAUGUUUUUGAAUCUUCACUGCUGUGGGUCCAUUGCACAGUUUUGGAAACUCUGUAUAUCUUGCCUUCAAAUUUUAAGUUGGCCUAAGUUGGCCCCUUUCUUCCUCGUCGAAAUCGAACUCGCCAUUACCUCCUGAGAGAGUAAGAAUUGUAAAGGUGUAGUGGUCAGAGCACUCGAACCGGGUUCAAAUUCGCGCGUGGACGCCAUAUGUGGUUGAGUUGUCUUUGGUUCUCUUCUUUGCCCCAAGAGGUUUUUCUUCAGGUACCCCGAUUCUCCCCUCCCCUCAAGAACCGAAAAAAAUAAAUAAAUAAAACGCACAGCAGUGGAAGACGAAGAACCACUAUGUGUUGAUGUGCUACCUCUAAAUCGUUAUCUAUUCCUCAUUUUUUGUUAUUUAUCUUAGAUAACCAAGCCAAGUAAGAAAUUUUCCGACCUCAUGAUCAUCAUUACAACGAACUUUAAUGACAAACUAACAGCCACUUUGUCAGUACUUUGUUACUUUGUUCCGAAAGAAUCAACAUCAGUGAUGCGCCAAGCACAAUGAUGGGCGGGUUGAUUAGCAACAUAUAUGUACAGUUGAUGCACAGUUGUAGCGUUUGCCCAUUGGAUAUUUUAUUGUUUUCAAGCUCAAGAACAGUAAAAUACAACCGCUAUGCUUGUAUGCUGCAAAUCAGUUCACUUGAGGAGACCACGAUCUUCACUGUUAUUUAUUUUCUUUUGCAGAUGUCAAUACCAGAAAGAAUUUUGCUGGUAUUAAUUUUGGUGUCAGAGUCGACAGUUGCACGUAAGUAAAAUUAUUAUCAGCUGGAAUUGUCGUCUUGUAUGUAUUUUCUUCUUAUCAUGUAGUAACAAAGCAGCUAAAAGUAUAGCACAAACAAUUCAAAACCAACGUGUUAGUGUGGGCACAGGCAUCCCAAGCUCACGUUAUGGGUGUGUUAUGUAAUUUUACUUUCUCACAAGAGAGUCGGUGUCGCGUUACAAGCAACCGUUGAGACUUUGUAUCAGAAGUAACAUACAAGGUCUGCGAACGCUAUAUAUCAUUGUUUUUACUUUUUUCUAUAACAUAAAUAAAGGAGACUAGGUAGGUCUCCUUUAUUUAGUUUAUAGAAAAAAGUAAAAAUGAUAUUUAGCGUUCGCAGACCUCAGUAUUUUAUUUCUCAAGUCUCAACGAUCGCUUGUAACACGACACCGACUCUCUUGUGAGAAAGUAAAUUUACAUAACACACUUUUAACGUGAGCGUGGGUUGCCUGUGGUUUGGGCAGUCACAUUAUAUUGAGUGCAAAUGAUGAUAAAGUGCAAGAAUUAAUGUAGCUCAGCUGCUACCAUAAUCCGCAUGGGAAAUCUACCGACUGAUAACACUGAACAUGAAUCGUAUUAAUGCAUCCUUCUAUUCUUUUGAACAGGUUAUUAUUUUUAAUGAAGGAAAGAGCAGGUCACUGAGGAAGAACAGGAGGUCAUUAUUACGAAUCAUAACCAACUGUUCCAUUUCAGUGACCCCAGUAAGAGAUUUACGCAUGAAUUCACCCGUCGAAACUUUGACCAAUCGGAGACUAGAUUGGUCCUGGAGCGUGACCAAGCUAAAAGCGUUUUUUCAAACUCCAUUUGUCGAAGUUUUUUUGUUGUUAGUUAAACAAACCAAAUUCAAGAUCUUUAUUGCAUUUUUUUCGCAUCGAUAGGAUUCCAUUUUCUAUAGCAAUGGAGGCUCCGCUAAAAAUUAUUGGGUUUCGUUGAGCGUGGUGUUCUACAAGAUAGAGAGUAUUCGCUUAUAAUUUGAAGUAUUUUUAAGUAGGUUUAAGCAACUCUAAUUUCGCUUGCAACGUGAUGUACCUUGAAAUCGGAACAGCUUAGAAACCUGCUAAAUUUUCUUUUUCAGAAAAACCUUGGAUAAGCGUACCGUUGCCGGAGUUGCGAACUGUACCAGACCAUUAUGUAUGGUUUCGGCUGGAAGGUACCCAACCGAUUAAAUUGACUCUAAUGAAUACAUCGACACCUUUGAAGGGCGGUUCCAAUAUAAAAGGAUUUCAAAUAAAGCGGACGGCCGGUACCUAUAAGUACACUCUUCUAGCAGAAAACAAUGAAGGAAAUAACUCAAAAACGGUUGAAGUAACCGUUCUGGGUAAGGAUUCAAUGCUGUUAAAUUUCAUUCAAUGUAGAUGAGACAUUUUGCAAUUAACAACCAUAGUAGUUCGCACAAACAGUUGUGUUGAAUUUUGUCCUUAUUUUAUCCGUUGAUGAUUCAGUUCAUUCGGUGGAAAAUGAAUGUACAAAGUUUUAGUCUACUUUCUCUUGUUUCGCCACUGUUUUUAUCACGGGUAAUUUGUGUCCAUUUAGGUUUGUAAACAAUACGAAUUUACCAAAACAUAAUAUUGGAAAUUUGGUUUCACCCUUAAUCAAUAAGUAAAAAUGAAAGUUCUUUAUUAAUACCGUAUUAAUGCAUAUAUCGAAGGGUACCGCUUUCGUGAAAAAUUGCCCCUAUCAACUGUCUUAUUCUUGCGCGAUUGAUUUUGCAGAUUGCAAUCACUGGUGUCGCAGUAAAGGUUCGAUAACAAGUUCUGGUCAAGUUACCAACAAACACAACUGUAGAGAAAGCAACAUAACACAUAACUGGAAAUGCAUUCCAACUACAACCACUGAAUUGUAAGUGUAUUUCCUUUUUCACCUUAAAUUAAUUGGCCUGAUGUUUUCUUACCUUUUAACAUUCCUAUCGUUUUAUCCCAGUUUCACACACAAACUACAAAAUGCUCCAAAAUCCCGACCCUGAAAAUAAGAGAAUCUUUUGGCAACCACUCUGUACUUGUUUUACUUUAACUUGACAUCACAAGAGCGCCAGGCAGCUUUCUAGUUACAAGCGCUCUAAAUGGUGACGAUCAACCUUGGACUUUCAAAUGAGCGCGCGUACAAUGUAAAACUUGCCCUUUUUAUUUACAAUGUGGAAAAAAUUUCGGCUGUACACAUUCACCUUCCCAAUCGUCAUCUGUGGACUAACCUGUUGUACGCUGUUGAAUAAGAUACACGUGGGCGCGCGAAUCAUUGAUGAUGUUUAGGCGACAGAUGCCCAAAGAAAUGACACAGGUGCAUCAAAACCUGCGGCGCGCUAUUCCAACCUUCCUUCCUUCCUUCCUUCAAGAAUGCAGCAUGCAGUCUCUUUUACACCAAGGAAUCAUAGAACUUUUCAAAAGCCUUAUCUUUCAAAUCGGCCGUCAAAUUCCCACAGAAUGAAUAACCGCUGCUCUAUGCUGCACUCCUCUGAACUAAUUAGAAAAUGUUCCUCUCGUCUCUAUUUUUUACGUCAACUCAAGAGAUCCGGAGUGGCACCAAGUGAACUGGUGCAAUUCUAUGUGACAUGUAUUAGGCCCGUCCUAGAAUACGCAAGUCCUGUAUUCCAUCGUUCUCUACCAAACUACAUCAGUGAAGAUUUGGAACGGAUCCAAAGAAGGGCUUUCAGAAUCAUCCAUCCUGACCUGUCAUAUAGUGUAGCACUAGAGACAGUUGGCCUACCGAAACUUCAUGAGAGGAGAGAAAAGAUUUCAAUCGAUCCGUUUGACGAGAUCGUCUGUAACCCCACCCACAGUCUCCAUAGCCUCCUCCCCCAAAGGAAGAGUUGUAAAUAUGCACUGAGACGCAAAAGUGAUUUCACUCUCCCCCUAUGUAAAACCGAGCGUUUGAAGGAAAGUUUUAUUUUUAGCCAUGUCUAUAAGAUGUAGAUAAUUUUUCUUAUUUUCUCUUUGUUACCAUCAGUAUUUGUAAAUAUCCCGUAAUUCAGCCUAUGGCUGCAAUGGUGUUUACAAUAAAGUAUCUAUCUAUCUAUCUAUCAACUAAUUCAUUACUAUUUUUUAGACAUUACCACGUUCCCGGCCACCAAUAGCGUUUCCUAGUGUUUAACGAGUGUCCGUAAACGAAACUAAGAACUAAACAUUCAUCUUCUUUUUCAUUAUUAUUAUUAUUAUUAUUAUUAUUAUUAUUAUUAUUAUUAUUAUCAUUUUCAUUCAUCAUUAUUGAAGAUGAUGUGAACUGUGGAAACAAAAACUUUAAAUGAAGAUGUGAUCGUGGCAGUGGUAAUUGCAAUUUAAACAAUUGCAAAUAAACCCGGUUUAUUUGAAAAAAAAUGUGUCCCAAAACGUGGGGCUUUCAUAGGUCAAAUACGCCAUUGGUUAAACCCCCGUUGAAGUCCCGACAUUUUUUCGGGUUUAUUUGCUGUAGCUUAAAUUGCAAUUACCUCUGCAUAUCUUUAUUUAAAAUUACCGUAAAAUUCCGAAAAUAAGCCCCGGGGCUUAUAUUUUUCAAAGGCCCUUUUUGAGGGGCUUAUUUUUGGAGGGGCUUAUCUAUGGAAGGAAAUUUGCGUCUCAAAAUCGAUAAGGCUACCCUUAUAUUUGGAAGAAAAUUUACCGUUUUUGCAUGCUUUGUUUUACUUUGUACUUGAGGGCGAUUACCACGUACAAGCCCCCCGGUACUUACGGUAUCAUCUUUAUCAUCAUCUUUAUUAUUACUAUGAUAUACCGGUAAAGGUAAAUUCUUAUUAUUUUCCCACUAUAUAAAGCUUUACAUUUAAACCUUACAAUAAUCUAAUAAAAAUGGAUCGUCGCUGAUGGCUUGUCCUCGCUGACGUACAAUUAUUUCUUCUAUUUAAUUUCCUAAAAUAACUCGAAUUUGUAAGACAGCCAGAAGAGAAAACUUCUAGUAAAGAAUUAUUUAAUUUUGCCAGCUCGAUAAUUUGUUCCUGUGAGAUCAAUAUGGUUUUUCUAUUGGCAAGCGAAUUUCCAUUAAGAUCUUCGCUGAUAUUUUAUAAGUUACAGGUUUUUGUAUGAUUACUUUGACCCUCUUUACUUUAACUUUGCUGCAGGGAUUUAUCGUCAAGCAAGAUCGAGAAGCUCCCGCCAAGAAUAUUCAAAAAUCUUUCUUCUUUGGAAAAGUUGUAAGAUAACCAGUUAAAAUAUAUUUUUUUUGUUUAUUCAGUGUUAUUAUUUGAGGAUAUGAUAG